AUGAAGGGGUGGUUUGACGCUUUCCGCGAGGAAGGCGGUCCGACUCUGUAUGCUUACCAUAACCGCACCGCAGUCGCAGCAGACGUCCCAGCCUUGGCGCUCAUAGUUGGCGCGGUGACUCUCUACAUAGCGUUUCUUGCUAUAUUUCCAGGUGUCAGGAAGGAGAGAUUUUCAACAUUCGUCAUAGUUACACUGAGUUUGUUCGUCGGCACUGUUAUACUCGUAUGUAAACACGGAUCUUCGUGGCAUGUGGCCGGUACGCGCAUCGCGCGAGCAGCCUACCGCGCCUUUUCCGCGGAACGCAUCGACUGUUGGCUGGCCAUACACGUGGGUUUGGGACAUGUCAACGUUACCCUCUCAGCCCUUCCGUGGGGCAACUUAACAAAAGCGGACCCCGGCGUAGACUACAACGAACAGUUUCAAUGGGAAGAAGCCGGUGCUAUACAGGAGUGGUACCGAGCUGGCUUACUUCGUGGUCUUCCAUACCCCUUGCUCUCGGUGGCUGAACAUUUUGCCGUGGAGCACGAAGGGUUCGAAUGGGGGGCGAAGUACCGGGCUGCGGGCUACACCACCACAACGCUCCUUUGGACGGCAUUUGCGUUAUGGAUGGUGAUGAAUCUCCUGCUUGUGGUGGUGCCACGAUAUGGGGCUUACGCUAUGACCGUUCUCGGAGUGACCCUUUGUGCUGCUGCAGGCGGUUAUUGGGCGUCAUUACCCCAAGAUCCUCUAGUUGUGAGGUUGGAUGGUGCCAUGCUAUUCUUUUCUAUGGGAUGGUGCUUUUGGCUAGUCCUUAUGGCAGGAUGCAUUUGUCUAGUUGUAGGAUUAUUCAUAUCUGCAUUGGAUCUGGUUUGGCCGCACAGAUUCUCCACAAUAUUAGAAGUUGACUAUGACACUCCUUAUGAUCGUCAUGUUCUCAUUGUGGAUAGCCGACAGAGGGCGCGACCUCAGGCCCAAGCUUCGUUACCUACUAGAAUAUUAAGGAGGCUGUCCUCAAAGACCCGCGACACAGAGCGACAGGUAUCGAUGUCCAUAGUGAACGAGGGUCGGGAGCGAGGCCGAGACAACCCCGCCUUCCACCACGAGAUACGGAAACCUAACUCUCCCUGGAGGUAUCCUCUCUUCAGACGGCAAAUUGACCGUGUGGAUUCAGCUUCAAGCAUAGGUUCUAGCAUAAAUGGUAAUAGUUCGGGGAUUAAAAUGUCACCUUUAGCAACACAAUCAAUUCCAACUCACAGAUAUAGACCACAGAUACCAGCAGCAGAACGUGUUAAGGACAUGUGGUGA